AUGGCAAACACGAUGGCACUGCGCCAGAUGGAACGAGAUAUUUUACUUGGUCCGUAUCAUCGGGACGUUGAAAAGAGCAAGAAAACUAACGAUGCUAGCCGUCCUGGACAUGGUACAUUUUUACAGAGUAGUGCUUCCAGCAUCUGUUGGGGCACAUCGUUUGUCGAGGCUCUGGAAGAAAAGUACGGCUCGUCCCAAUGCCUCGACACACUACGUACGGCAAGUUUAGUGGGUCCUUCAACACGUACAAUGCAUGAUGCAUCGUGUGUCUAUGUUUCGCAUGCAUUUCCCGGGCAUGCUGAUGAGGGCGUGAUGCUUUGCCCGGCACUACAAGAGCUCGACAUGUCUCGCUCGCUUCUCUCUUCCUGGGAUCAAGUGGCGCGUAUAACGCGCACACUUCCUCUGAAUCGUCUCACGCUGCAGCAUGUUCGUCUUCAAAAGCCAGAGCUAGCGCAGGUGUCGUUGGCAUUUGAACAAUUAACGCACCUCUCUUUGGGCGAUACAGCCACGGACUGGGCCCAGAUACUGGUCCUAGGAAGUGUGAUGCCAAAGCUGACCUCACUUGAGCUCGCCCACAAUGAAAUCGAUACCCUCGCGACUGCAGAUACAGCGGCAUACCUGCCCUUCGUACAGAUACUCAAUUUAGAGGGCAAUCGGCUUAGCUCCUGGGAGGACAUCGUCAAGGCUCUUUCGCCUCUGCCACGACUCCAAAAGUUGAUUCUCACAGAUAAUCCUAUCACACACAUCAAUUUUUCUUCACAAAAAUUUCCUGUGCUGAGCGAUGUGCACCUCACAGGCAGCGCUCUUACUUUCGACGAUCUGCAAGUACUGGAGUCGUGCCUUGACUCUCCCACUUGGUCACUAGUCUUCCACCCCUCUGAUGUCGAUGAGCGUCAAGCUCGUAUCCAGGCUGUUAGCCGUCUUGCGAAACUUGUCUCUUUCAAUCACACACCAAUUACUCAAGAAGAACGUAUCGACGCUGAGCGCUAUUACAUAUCUCGACCCAAACCCAACGAUCCGCGUUAUGAUGCCCUGGUGGAAAAACAUGGUCAUCCACCAACAUGCUCGUUGACACCAGCAGUAUCAUCAGCGAAGAUGACGUCGUCAUUGCAAGAUAAGCUUAUCCAACUGUACUAUAUACAUUCUUCCUCUGUACCUACAUCAUCAGAUCUGGUACAUUUGCAAGAGAAAGCCUCCAUCGAGGCGUUCUUGAAGACAGCGCCUUGCCGGCUAGUACACCGCCGUCUCGUAGCUCUGUUGCGUGCGUGUCAAUCAGCCAAUAUGUAUGCUGUGAUGGCAGCAUCGCCUGAGCCUAUUGUUCUUCCUCUUGACGAUCCAAUGCGUGAUCUGGCUUGGUAUGGAUUGGCCGAUUACGAUUUAAUCGUACUUGUGGACUGA